AUGAAUAGCUCCGUCCCCUUGAGUGUUCUCCUUGACCCACAAAACUCCUUGAGGGACGAUGAAGGUUGGUAAGACAACUCAAAAUUGCUGUGAUUCACAGUAGGUUAGCAAAGAAGGGACAGAGCACGCCAUUCCUUCUCUGCCAGCCCACACAAUUUAUCUGCUGGCCACUGAGGAGAGCAUUCCCUUCACACACAUUUUAUUUCCCCUGCUCUGCUGCCAGCACAGAGAUGGAGACGGCUGGCAAAAGAGAGGCAACUUUCUCCAUUUUGUCUUUGCCAGCUUAAUGUGUGUGUUUGUGUGUUGCCUUCUCCACACCAAGUGGCAGAAACAAGGCACCCUGGUGCCUGGGGAGGGACCCUGUCCAUUGCUUUCUAAAGACAAGUUUCUUUUAAAAAAAAAUAGAUCUGUUGUGGCAGAAUACUUUAAUUGCACAAACCUAAAUUUCCCUCCUGCAAAAUAGGUAGAGGUAAAGGUAAGGGACCCCUGGACAGUUAAGUCCAGUCAAAGGUGACUAUGGGGUGUGGCACUCAUCUCGCUUUUCAGGCUGAGGGAGCCAACGUUUGUCUACAGACAGCUUUCUGGGGCAUGUGGCCUGCAUGACUAAACCGCUUCCAGCCAUGAUGGAAACCAGAGCGCACGAAAAUGCUGUUUACCUUCCCGCUGCAGCGGUACCUAUUUAUAUACUUGCACUGGUAUGCUUUCGAACUGCUAGAUUGGCAGGAGCUGGGACAGAGCAACGGGAGCUCACCCCUUCACGUGGACUUGAAUUGCCAACCUCACAAUCAACAAGCGUGAGAGUCUCGGUGGUUUAGAUCACAGUGCCACCCGCAUGCACUUCCUGUUAACUAGAGAGGCCCUGUAAUAGAUGGAUUGCCUACUUGCCCGCUCUUUGCCUGCCUGCUGCUUCUCUGUCCUCAAGCUACUGCCCAUUCAGUGAGAUGACCACUACAGUCAUACUUAUGCUGACCACCUCACUAAGAGAAGAACAUACAGGGUCCACCAUCUGCUCCCAACUAAUCCCAUCUCACUGAGAAAGAGAUUGUGCUGAUGCCAGUGGCGUAGCGUGGGUUGUCAGCACCUGGGGCAAGGCAAGUAAUUUGCGCCCCCUAACCCGUGGAUUUUAGUAGGGGCAGAGAGCUGUGGGUGCGAGCACGUCCCCCAGAUGUUGCGCCCGGUGCGGCCGGCCCCCCCGCACCCCCCACACUACGCCACUGGCUGACACGUACCUGCUUUGGGCAGCUUCUGCAAGACAAAUAAAUAUUCUGCCCACAUGUUACUGCCUGCCUGAGUGGAAGAGGAAUGAAGAUGAAUGAAUGUCUCUCCCUACAAAAUGAUGCUCCCUACCUGAAGGACAGGGGCUGCCCACCGUGGCCCAUGCUAGCCACCUGAGGGAGAAAAACUGAGGGAGAAAAACUGGCCACUGUGAUCUCAUGCUGAUGCUGCCUAUUUCACAGACUGGCCACUGUGUCCUCACAUGGAUGUGUCCCACCAGAAGGAGAGACAAAGGCCAUUGUGAUGUCAUGCUGAUGCUGAAGGAGAGAGAAACUGGCCAAUGUACCAGCCCACAACUGCUGUUCACCUGAGUAACAAGGAGACACUGCCUGGCACACCAACACAUUGCUCACCAUGUUCAUGAGAAUUAUGUCCUUUGCACCUUGGACCAAACUGGCAUUUCUUAACUUGUUUUUACUCUCCUGUUCCUGCAUAUUAGGUUCUCUUACCAGAGGUCUAUAAUAACAAGGUAAUGUAUCAACCACUUUUAUCUGUACACAAAAGGUAGGUAAAGGUAAAAGGUAAAGGACCCCUGGAUGGUUAAGUCCAGUCAAAGGCAACUAUGGAGUUGUGGCACUCAUCUUGCUUUCAGGCUGAGGGAGCCAGCGUUUUUCCACAGACAACUUUCCGGGUCACAUGGCCAGCAUGACUAAACCACUUCUGGCACAAUGGGACACCGUGACAGAAGCCAGGGUGCAUGGAAAUGCUGUUUACCUUCCCGCUGCAGCGGUACCUACUUGCAGUGGUAUGCUUUCAAACUGCUAGGUUGGCAGGAGCUGGGACAGAGCAAUGGGAGCUCACCCCGUCAUGCAGACUCAAACCACCAACCUUCUGAUUGGCAAGCCCAAGAGGCUCAGUGGUUUAGACCACAGCGCCACCCGCAGCCCUUCCUGCAAAAUACUGACAGUCUGGAGGGAACCUUAACUUGACAUUUGGAAUCUAUGUAAAGAUCUCCCAAUCUGAUUCAGUGAAAAGCAAGUGCAAUUAAAGUAUAUCAAUUAGCAAAGCCUGAUACUUUGGAGGGCUGCAUCAUAUCAUGGCAGAGGAGAGUUGACUAAUAGUUUGACUCAGGGUAAAAUCAGCUUCAAAGGUUCAAUCGGUGUCUCGAUGCAUGUUUACAUUUAUAUCUGUGCUAUCAAUGUUACUGUGCACAGGGUGCAUUUUAUCAUUUUGGGAAGAUACUUUCGUAGAACUAAUCUCUUGCCUUAAGGUUUCAAAGGGAUUAGAGGCUGGCUAUUUUCUUCCACUGCAAUGUGGGAGAUUUAUGCAGGUAAUUCCAUUAGCGCUGUUGAUGUUCUUCACAUAAAUCCCCUGAGCAUUAAUUGGAGGAAACAGAAGCUCAAUAUUAUAUGCAGAUCGUGCAAAGUCCCCCUUAAUUUAGGGCUGAGUUGCACAGGAGAAACCUAAAAAAUACUGAGCCAGAGACUGCUUUGUGCAACAGCUUUUCCAAGGUGUGUAAAAUUGUUGUGGGGAGUGGGGGGAGGGGUAGAAUAUGUGCACAAUGUAUACAUUUCUAGAAACAUCUGGGACCAGAACUAGUGUGAAAGCAUAGGAUAUUACCUUAGCAUGUUAUCACAUUGACCCCAAUGGCUCUCAGGGCACCAUCUUGAUGAAGCUAAGCAGAACUGGAUCUGGUUUGGAUGGGAAACCUCCUAGGAAUCGCAUGCAUGUUGCCUUGCCCUCUGUGAUAAGCAAGGUAGAAGUGUAAUAAACUAAACCAAUGGUCACCACCUUUUAUGGGCCAGUGAGCAAUUUCAAAAUUUGAGAGACUGUUGGAGGUGCCAGUCACAAAAUAACGGCAGGCACCAGGUUGCCGGCCUCUGAACUAAAUGAAAGAGGCAUGCCAGGGCUGAGUGUGGCCCCAGUGAUUCUUGAAUGUCACUCCUGCAGCUAAAAAUGAGGAAGAAGUGUGGUUCUCUACUCCUGGAGGUGCUCACAACAGUUCUGCUGAGCCAGGCCUUGACAGGUCCAGUCCUCACCAAGUCCUGUACAUUGACAAAUGCCAAAGCCCAUGUCACAUUAGUCCCCGUGUUCUUGGAGGAAACAGCAGUGCCAGCUAGGGAUGGAAGGUACAUUUGAUUCUGUUUUCAUUUAAAGGAAACUCCCCUGAUUUGCACUUUGGAAACAAGAUGCAAACCAAAACUCAGCCAUCCUUCAAAAUUCGCUCUUCUCUGGAUUUUCCAAUGUCGUUAUCUAGCACAAAAAAAAAAAUGCAUAUUAGGGCACAGUGUGCAUACUAAUGUAUACAUUAGUGAUAAAAGCAUACAAAAUGCAUUACAUUAGGGUAAAGGGCUUGCAAAAAAUGGUACCUUAGUCAAAACGGCAGCCAAAAAUGUGUUCAUUAUAAGAAGUUCACACUCACAUUCUCUUGAAUUUUCAGGAGUUUCUUUUUUCUUUUUUAAUCACGAAUUCCUGCAGAAUUGUGAAGAACUCAGUUUAAGAUAAGGGGGAAAUGAGAAAUGUAGAGAAUGGAAACUGACAGGUUUGUGCAAGUCUAAUGCAGGACACCACUUUUCUCUUGAAAAUACAGAGAACCUGCGAUCAGGAAAGGAGGGUAUAUCUGCUUUUGUAUAUUGCAAAGGGACAGGUGGCAAGUGAUAUGUGGCACACAUGUGUAUUUAACAGCUGAUAUGGCACGCAUUGUGCAUUCUGUUAUCACUACCUGCAUAUAAAUUGUUGUGCCAGAACUGAAGAGCUGCCCUCAGUUACCAAGCAGUUACUAAUCUUGCCUGCCAGGCAGGCAUUGUUAAUCUCUCAAUCAGGGAACAAAGGAAAAAUCUUGUCUAUAGCUGCUGCUGACAAGUUGAAAACCCAAGCAGGUGUCCUCUUCCUAAGCAAAUGCGCGCGCACACACCUUUAGAGAGGGGAAAGUUCCUGCUUUUGAGAGUGGCAAACAAUCUCCUUUGUCAGGUGGUUUCGGAGCCAAUCCGAGUGAACCAUUUUGUGACACUUUGAUUUGGACAAAGACUUGGUCCCCUGCCGAGUGCCAGGUGCAGACAGAAAGGGGUGAUCCAUAAGAUCCCCGCAGUGUCCACCCUGCCAAGGAAACACUGAGUGGAACACAGAAUAAUGUUUUUUGAAAAGGUUAGUCAUGAAUGUCUCCUCGCAAACAUGCCAGAAGGAUGAGCAUGUUAGUGAAAACCUAACCUUUGUCUCAAAGAGGCCUGACCGACUGACAGGACACACAAAAAAACCUUCUUGAAUGGUGGUCACGAAACAGCAUCCAUCUCUGCCCCAAACAACACCCACCAUUUAUGACUACGUUCUCUCCUUUUAACCACCCAUUUUGCUUCCAGGCUAGCUCCUGGAGACGAGGCAUGGGAUUUUGCAACAAAAGCGUUAGUGGGGCUGCACUCUGCAGAGAAAAACAGGAGGCACAAUUUAUUAUUAUUUUAUCUGGCACGGAAAUAUAUUCUCCCCGGGUGAGCAUAGCCCCUUGCGCAACGUCUUCAGCGUUCCACAUCUAUUUUUCUCUCCUUUGCUGAAAGCUUUAUGUCAGCAACACUUCCUUUUUACAGAUACCCCCUAGAGUCUUUUGCACUCAAGGGCAGCCCUGAUGGGAAGAAGGUGUUUUCCGCCCUGCGGCUCUACAUUGUGAUUGCAGACUGCCUCCCCAGUCUCACAAACAAUGGCAACGGAAUGGCUGCCAUCCCUUUUUAUAUUUUUUGAGCAGUAUAAAACUGUAAGUGGCUGCAAGAAGCGGUCACUGCUACAUGCUUUCCCACCCCUCUGUUUUAAAGCCAUUUUAAUCUAUUCCUGUCCUAUCUCUUCCUGUGUAGCAAGCAGCUACACCUUUCGGCUGCUUUCAGAGAAGCUUAAAAAAAACCACCUUCAGCUUCCAGCUUGGCUAGAAACCCUGUGUAUUAUGGGAAGGAUUUUUUUUUUAACUUGCCAGCUCUUGAAAUAAUCAACUCAAGCAGGGUUUGAAGACAGAGCUAGAGCAGACAGCCCUGCAAUGUCAAAAAAGAGGAUUUGCACCAUCCCCCUCCAAAGAAAAAAAAGGACACCAGUUUGCAUAUGGUGAUUUAUAUGUAUAGAUGCAAAUUUAGAAACAGAAAUGCUAUAGUGAGGAAGACCCCAGCUGCGUAUCUGCUCAGUCUGCUGACCAGGAGAUGUGAAGGGCUGGUGAGCAAGGCUCCUUCUCCCUCUCUUCUUUUAUGGUUCCUUAUCUUUAAAAUGGACUCCGACUGCCAAAUAGAUGACAACUUCAAAUAGAGGACUGUCUUUUGAAAGGCCAUCAGACUCAAACUAGAGGACUGUAGAGGAUGCCUCCCUGAUUUCUCUCCCUGCUGUGUGUUCAACACCUACUCACUUUGCCUUCCUGAACUCUAAUGAGUUUCUUAUCCGAAAAUUCUAGAGAGGUCUCCACUAGGGUUACCAGAUGUCCCUGGUUCCCGGGGACAGUCUCCUGAUUUGCAAAUCUGUCCCUGGACAAAUUCCUUCCCUGGAAUAUCCCCAGAUUUGCAAAUCUGCCCCCAGGAAACGUGGCAGCGGCAGCCUCAGCAGCCCAAAGCCAGUCUGGUAGCGCAGUUGGCUCUGGCUGGCUUCAAGAGCUGCUUGCUGCCAUGGCGCCCACCAUUUUUCCUCGCCGGAAGUCCCCAUAUGAUGUGUCUUGUGCUCACAUGAUGUGUCUUGUGUGAUCUCCUGCCCCCCUCCCCCUUUGUUUUGACUGAUCAGGGGAGGCUCGGGAGUCACAGGCAGCCAUUGCCCCGUUUUUAAAAAACUCUGUGCAUUUAUGUUUAACAGGGUGUGAAAGAAGGACUUUGCACCUUUAUACAAUACGCAUGUAUGAUUGGGCCCAGGGUCUUUUGCCUCACCAUCUCCACUACUGACUCCCUGUUGCUACUCAGCUAAAAAAAAAAGUGUUCCCGGAUUCAUUGGAAAAAAUCUGAUAACCAUGGUCUCCAUGGCACCAUUCAAUACUACUUUAGACAGUCAUGGCUUUCCCCAAAUAAUUCUGGGAUCUGUUGUUGGUUAUGCUGAGAGUUGUUUUCCUCCCAGAGCGAAAAUCCCCAGAGUUCCCUGUUUGGCAGGCUGGGGGAGCGGGGAGUGUGAUUAUGUUGGGAAAGAUGAAGUGCUUCAUGAAAAUCACACACCUGCCCCAUGGAAAAUGCAUGUGUGUACCUGAGGCUAUUGAUGUCUUCUACGCUCUGCUCCCAUUGUCAGAGGUGGCAUUCCUCUGAAUAAUGGGUGCUUGGAAUCACAAGUUGGGAGAGCGUUGCUACACUCAGAUCCUAUUUGUGGGCUUGCAUAGGCCAUCAUGACUUACCUAGAUAGGCCACUGGCAUGAUCUAUCAAGGCUCUCAUGUUCUCAUGUUAACACACACACAUAUUGUCAUGGCAUGUGGACCAAAAGGUUACUCCCACACACACACACUUUGAACAGCCUAUAGAGUCUUUCGUGCUGCAUUAUCACCAAGAUGGAAGAAGAACCAUGUUAUCUUCUGGGCCAUGCUAUCUUCUGCCAAGCUCAGAACAACCGCUGUGCUAGCUGCUCUUAUAAGGGGUAAAGCCAGGAAGCAGGACUUCCUCUUAAUUUCAGUCUUCUUUGUUCAGUGAGGCUGCUGAGAAUCAGCAACCAUGGCCUACAGCAUUAGCCUGGGGCACUCAUAAUUUCCUCAUUCCCAGCACUAAUGGAUAUUUGUUUUUUAUUGUUUUGCUACAGAUUUAGAGUUAAUGGACCAUUGUUAGGAAAGUAACGGAGUUACUCACUGUUUUAUUCUUUCUUAAUUUGGACACAGAGUUUCUGAAUGCAGAAUGAGCUUCAACACUUCACUUCAGAGGAAUAAUAAAUGCCCGUGUUUUCAAGAUGUUUUGGUUGGCAAAUCAUUAUGUCUGUCAAGCUGAGACAUGCCUAUAAUGGUAACUCGAUUUUUCAAAGUAAAAUUACAUUUUGGGGAGGUGGGUUGGGUUGUUGUUUUAUGGGCUAUAAAUCUCUGCAGCAUCUUCGUCUAGAUGCAGGUGAAUACAGAUGGACAGAAGGCUGUUGUGUUUUUUAGUAUCUACUUUCAGCAAUUGAUAGUACUUUGGGUUGGACAAUUGACUUCUCCAGCAUUGGGUCAACCCAUCUUUCUGUGUUAAAGAUAUUGCCAGACCUUAAUCUGGCAUUAUAUUAAAACUCCACAAUUGCAAAAGCUAUCACUGUGUUGUAAAGUUAAUAUUAUUCUGUUCCUCCUUCCUCUAAUAACACCAUGAGAAACCACGGUACAGCGAUGAUCCUUAAAAAUGAUGCUUUGCUUACUCUGUAUUUCUUUUCUUUUGUUGGCUUGAAUGCAUGUGUUUGUGUAGGAAAUAUCUAUAUAACAACACUAAUUUUGGUGGGGUACGGGAAUGACAAACUAAUUCCCUUGGUACAGUGGAAACUGUGGUGUCUUUAUGAUAUAUGGUUCAUUUACACAUAUAUACAACCUGGACCUAUGAUGGAGGGGCUCACAGCAUCAACACCCAAGAGGAUCUUGCAUCUCCUGUAACCACAGCCUUGGAUUCAAGAAGAAAUCAGACGAGGUUUCUCUCAAACACAGGCUUCAGCCUGCUUCUUUUCCGCUUUCUAGCUCACACAUUCCAAACUGUCAACUCUGUGAUUUAGUCUUUCUAACUAUCAACUAUCCUUGAGUUGAAGAGGGGGCACCCAUUUGUUGUCUCACAUGGAUCCAUUUCCUUUGUUCCCCUUAAUGGCCCAUCACCUCACAAGGAAGCUAGUUUGACUAUUACAGGAAUUAGAAGGGCCUGCCCCCCUCCCAACUCAUAACAAUAGGUUACCACAGAACAGAGGGGGCUGUAUGAAAUUACCUAAUUUUGCCAUUAUAGGAACCAGGACCUAUCACUUUUUUUCAUCAUACAGAGUUUACCUUGUUCCUACGCACUCCUGAUCAAUGUUUAUAUGACAUUAUUAAGAAAGAUUCUUUUGAGAUAUGGAAUUCAGUGCCACCAACAUAUUGAUCUUUGCUUCUUGCUUUCAUCCUGCUGAAAGUUAUAUUGCCUCUGUGUCGGCUUGGCGCCUGGCUACUCCUGGGAACUGAACGCAGGCGAGUCUCUUCUGACAAUGAAUCCAGAGAAGACUAAAGUGACCGCGGACAGCAAGUCCCAAGACUGUGGUUCCCAUCACUGAAACUGCUUGGCAUCCAGAGGCCACUCAGGUUGUGUGACCUUUGUGUGUGCUUUGAUUCAUCAUCUGGAAUUUCAGGUUGUAAUGGUGGCCAGGUGAGCACAUGGUCAACUGUCCCUAGGGGGAAAGCAGCAGACCUCAUCUCUAGCUCAGCAAAACAGGCAGCUGCCUUUGACUGAGUCAGACCCUUGAUCCGUCUAGCUUGGUACUGCCUACACUGGCUGGCAACAGUUCUCCAGGGUUUCAGACAAAAGGCAUUCCAGCCCUGCCUGGAGAUGCCAGGAAUGGAACAUGGUAUCUAACUCUGAGUAAAUUUGCUAAGAUGUAUAAGACAAAAUCAGAUAAGUGCUGGAGAUACAAUGAGACUGAGGGUACCUUUUAUCAUAUGUGGUGGACCUGUAAAAGGGUAAAAGAUUAUUGGGAAAUAAUUCACAAUGAAUGGGAAAAAAUGUAUAAAAGUACUUCCCCCCCAAAAAAAACCAGAAUCCUUUUUGUUGCAACUAAUUCAAACAGAAAUUCCCAGGUGUCAAAAAAGUUUAUUUAUGUAUGCUACUACUGCGGCUUGUGUUUUGUUAGCCCCCAAAUGGAAAAUGAGUGAGGUCCCAACUAAAGAAGAACGUCAACUUAAGCUGAUGGAAUAUGCACCGCUUGUGAACCUGACAUAUAGAAUAAGAGAAUAAGAAGAACAUACGUUUAGAGAAGAUUGGAAAACAUUUAUUGAAUAUAUGGAGGAAAACUGUGUACAUUUGAAAACGUGGACAGCAUUAAGAUAAAUUCAACAGUGUAAAUAAGUUUUGGUGGCUAUAAUAAUGGAAUACUGAAUGGUUUAGUUUAUAUAAAAUAUGCAGGGAUUUAUGUUAUGCAAAAUGAACCAUGGAAAGAGAAGAAGGGAAGUCAUUGAUAUUUUAAGGUUGUUUAAAUGAAUAUUCUAAAAUGUAAAACACAAAAUUUAAUACAAAUUAUAGGGGGGGAUGACAUGGGACAUUCCAGAUGCUCUACCACUAAGAUAGGACCUUUCUCCUAGUGACAACUGCUUAUGUAUUGUCAGGGAACUGACAUUGGAGCCAGAGGCGGAGGCGAGGCUCUCAAGCGAUGCUGGAGAAGGGCCCAGCAGGGGGAGAGGCGGCUCACCAGCUGGGGAAGGAAAUCUGCGUAACACCAGGGAUAAAGGGGGGCAGAUGGGGGAAUCGGCGGGGGGGCUCCAGGACUCCUCGCCGGAGAUCAGCGAGGAGAGCAUGGGUCCUCCGCUACCCACGCCCUCCCUGCGCAGAAGACUUCCGCGCAGGGAGAGUAGGAGGAGACUUGGAGUCAAACAACUUUUAUGCUGGAAAAGGUUUAAGAAACGCCCACUGACGGAUUCUGCUAGCGACUGAACAGCCACGAAGUGUAGGGCUGUCCAGACAGAAAACUAGCCAAGGCAAACUAGCCAGGAGUGGCACCAACUUGCGCACGAGUAACCCCUACAUUUAUUACAUGUAUCUGCCAGUGUAAGGCCCAACUAGUUCUACAGUACAUGGGACUGCUUUUUACCUGCGAGCUCCUGCCAGUGCAGAAUGUGUGACUCACAUCUUGACAAGGGAAGGGCCAAAACCCAGUGACAGAGCCUCUGCUUUGCUUGGAACAGGUCUCAGCCUCAGUCCCUGGCAUCUCCAGUUUAAAAAGGUCUGAGAUCUUGGGAGACUGUUGCCCACUAGUGUAUGGCCGUGGGCUAGCUAGAUGGACCAAUGGUCUAACUAGGCACAAGACGGCUUCAAAUGCUAUUAUAAAGUUUUCUUCCUGGCAGUUUUUGAAGAAAUAAAUUAAUUCUUAAUGACACGCUGAGACAAAUCUCCCACUGCUUUCAGUGCCACAGAGAUUAAUAGACUAAGUUGGUGGACCUUAGAUUUCAUUAAGGUCAUGCUAAAUUGCCUUACAAAUAAUUUAAUUCUGAUUGUCCACCCCCAGCCCCCAAACCCCCUGAUUCUAAGCUGACAGAUUACACAGCAAUUAAUCAGCGCAAGGGUUGGCCUUUGGGUCUUGUAUUCCGGAGGAAAAACUUAUCCUGUUUUCAAUGUUCUCGCGCGGGAAAAUGGCAUGCUCCAGUAAGUUCUGAUUAUUUUCCAUGCAGCAUGAAAGAUUAAACACGCUUUUAAAUAAAUUUAUUUGUACCGCAUGGGCCUUAUUUUAUACAGGCAGGAAGAAGCCAAUUUCACUUUGAUGGGGACAUGAGAUACGAUUUGUCAAUUCAAUUCCGGGCAUCUAAAUUAGAUACCAUGUCAUAAAUUUCUGCGAUAGGUACAGUCUAUUUUUUUUAUUAUUAUUUUUUGGGGUUAACACCAAGACAGGUCUGGAGUUAAAGCCUUAUCUUUGAUAGAAAGAUGUAUAUGAAAAGGAGCCUUCACAUUUUUUUUUAAACAAAAUCAAUCAAUGGGACUAUAUAGGAGAUCUCGAAACAUAACAAAUAAUGGGAUAAUAAUUUCAAAACUUCUCACAGAUCUCCUUUAGAUCAAUUAAUGUAUUAAAUAUAGUCUAGUCAAAUGCCCCACAAAACUGCUGGUCUACUAGCAUCUGUGGGGAAAUGUCUUGGGGGGAAAGUGUUUGUUUGUUUUUUAAUAGUAAAAUAUCAUCCUCUUCAUGUACCACCACAGUAGGCCCCAGUUGUUAACUCAGGAAUGGAGAAAUUGUGGCCCUCCUGAUGUUGAUAGACUCGAACUCCCAUCAGCCUCAGCCAACAUGGCCAAUGGUUGGGAAUGAUGGGAGUUGCAGUUUAGCCACAACCCGGUCUUAAAAGAAUUAGAAAAAGAAGAUGCUCUACUGCUUCCACAGUAAGCACCUGGACCCCCUGAAAUGUUUCAUCCCCACCUGCCAAACAGUUGAAGCAGACACACAAAAUUUGCCAACUGCAAAUGGGGUGAUGAAUUGUGCCAGCUGUUUGAUCUCUAACUGUUAGAUAAGGCUCUACAGUCUCCUAGAAUUGCUCUCUACUGUGCUUACUUUUGGAAAGGCUCUUCCUCUCCAAAGAUCCAUAAUUUCUGCAUAUGUUACCCUCUCUAGGUAGACUGGGUUUCCUUAACAUGACCAUGUAGACUUUUUUUCCCCAGGAGUGGGGUGUGAGAUUCUCUGUUUAGAAGAACCAUCAAGGGCAUCCAUAGACUAUAUACACCCCCUUUGGCUCAGAAUCAUAUUGUCUCCCCAAAUCUAGUGUUCUAUACCAUUGGCUACAGUGGCUGGCAAAAAGCGAUGGAUCUCACCUUUUGUGGAAAACAGACUUGAUAUCCUUUAGCACCGAGGAAAAAUCCUCUUCAUUAAAGUUAAUGAUGACAUUGUGAAAGACACUUAAUAAUGUGGUAAUGCUUAGUUGAUCAGACGUAAUUGGGUGAUGCUAAUUGUAAGGCAGUGUUGUGUGUGGAUAGGUCUGGUUUGGCUGCGUAAGGAUCAGUGGCUGGAGAAUGAGUUUGCUAUGAACCAUACAAUAGGACAAGUCUCACUGUUGGGCUUUCCUCAGAAAAACAAGUGUUUUCAGAUUCUUUAAAUGGUUGAAAACUGACCUCAGAGGGAUGCAGUUACAAGCAGAACAAUUCACAUUCACACAUACCUUUUGGGUUCCCUAUCUUGCUUCACAUAGCAGACCUCAUCACUUGGACAGCUUGGACCAGUUUUGAAUACAUGAGCAGGAAAUGGAAUUUUGGUACACUCAGCCUUAUUUUCCAGCUUUGUGAAGCUUUUGCCAACAUGAGAUAGCCUUUACACUGCUAUUAAACUGGCGGGUUUUUCUUUUUUUCUUUUAAUGACUGAAUUGUCCUUUCAGCUGCUCACUUUCUUAACAAAGUACAAGUGUCCUAGUUUUCAUCUGCAAGGGUUGGGAAGGGCAGAGGAGACAAAGAGGUUUCACUUUUAAGGCGCACAAUGUACCUUUUUAAUGUGUAUAAAUAAGGCUCCAAUUCCCAAUGCUGUCAAUCAGGCACUUUUCACAAGCCCUGUACUCACUAGAUGAAAUGAGAAAAUUAAUUCUCAUUUCCUGUAUCAACAAAUCAAUAGGAAGGAAAUUGCAUCCAGUCUUCCUAAUCCUUUAAUUACAGUGUCUUUCCUGUUAUAGCCGGCAUGAAAAGCUCACUUACAAUAACCUGCCUUCUUUAUCUCCAAUUUCUUACACAUAUAUUGAGUGUGUGGACAAUCCACACCAAAUAUCCUGACCAGGCAAGGUUGAAUUUCCGUUGUUCAAAACCCAUAUUUGAAUUACUAGUGGGAAACUAGUCCAGAGUUAAAUUUCUACCUUGGUGCAUUGCUCAUUGGAACAUGAUGAAAUGGUGGGCAAGAUCUUGGGAAUACAAGUGAAGUGGAAUUCUGCAAAUUAUCUGCCUGCCAGGAUUUCCAAAAUUUGGAUGCUGGUCAUGAAUUUUUCAUGCAGCAUUUCAAAUCUGAGAAACUGAAAAAUCUGCUCCAUGUGCAUUUAGCUGGGAGACUGCUAAAUGCUAACUGCUGUAGGAAUAGUUGCCUAUGAUUCAAAAUCUGCUUUCUUGGUGAUGUUCUUUUCCUGUGCAUCUGCUUUUCCAAACUUCCAUAUCUUUUUUUUUUUUUGUAGACCAUCUACUGCCAUCAAGGCAUUUGAGUGCUGGAGGAAAAAGCACAAUGAUGGUAACUGAGUGGGUGACAGUGUUGACAGAGCAGGGCAGCACAGUCCAUUUAAGUGUACAGGGAGAAGGAAACCAGAGUGGUCCUUAGGAGAGUGAGCCCUUCUAAAAGCAGGGAUGCCCAGCUUUUCAUACCAAGUGGGUCGCAAUGCUAUUUCGACACAGAACCCAUGGGCCACUCACUGAAUUAAAUUUCCAUUUCAUAAAUGAACGUGUUUGCCAUAUAUUUAUAUUUAAAACACACAAUUAAUAUAUUUAAUUAAAUACAUAUAAUCAAAUGCACAAUGAAUAUAUUUAAUAUAUUCAAUUAUUGAACAAUUUUUUUGGAAAAGUUUUUAUUAUGAAAAUAAUUCAGCAUUAAUACACAUAUUGUGAAUAUACAAGCAUACAAACAUACAUUUCAUACAGUCCUUAAAAAAGUUCAAACAUACCUACACUCAAUCCCACAGAUAAUUCCUUUUCCCAUCACCAUCCACCACCCCUCACCCCACCUUUGUGUUAGACUUCCAAUCUACUCAAUUGCAAUUUCUUUCCACUUCUAUUACUUUCUUUCACACACCUUUAACCUAAUUUCAUGCUUCUUUUUCUAUUACACAUUGUCACCCAUCUUAUUUAGUAUUUCAGUAUUUAAAACAGAACUUGUUUAUUCUAAUAGGAGUUCUGAUUUUUCAAUAUGGUUUUGCAAGUAUCCUUUAAACACCUUCCAGUCCCUGUCUAUCUUCUCUUUUGAGAUCCUUCCAAUUUCUCCCAUUGUUUUGGAUAUAUUGUAAUACUCCAAUAAUUUGGCAAGCCACUCUGUUUUUGUUGGUAUAAUACCACUUUUCCAAUCCUUCGCAAUCAAUAGCCUUGCGGCUACUGUUGCAUAUAAAUAUAAUGUCUUGUUUUCUUCCUUUAGACUUUCUGGUACUAUUCCCAAUAGAAAACCUUCUGGUGUUUUCCUAAAUGAAUAUCUAAACAUUUUUUUCAUUUUGUUAUAUAUUGUUUCCCAAAAUUGUUUGCUGUUUAAACAAUUCCACCAUAUAUGCAUCAUACUACCUUUUCCAGUGUUGCAUCGCCAGCAGACAUCGCUACAAUUUUUAUUCAUUUUUGCUAUUCUUUCAGGUGUUAAAUACCAUCUAUGUUGUAUUUUGAGGUAAUUUUCUUUCAAUAUAUAACCCAUAGUGAAUUUCAUAUCUUCUUUCCACAAUUUUCCCCAUUGUUCAAUUAUUGAACAAAUUUAAUACAGAAACAGAUGUAUGAGCUGUUGCUAACAAUGCAUGAUGACGCACACAAAAAUAUAUUCAUGCUUCAUGAAUAUCAUGCACCAGGUGUGUGUUUUUCUUGAAUGUUGCCGAGGGCCGCCAAAAAAGGCCUUAGGGCCACGGGCUGGACCAUCCUUCUUCCACAAGCCAUCUCUGUGGGAGGAAUAAAGGAAUCUGCCUCAUACGGAGUCAGACCAUUGGCCCAUCAAGCUCAGCAUUGUCAAUGCAAUGGCUCUACAGGAUUUCUGACUGAGGACUCUUCCAGCCCAACGUGGAGAUGCUUGGGACCUCCUGCAUGCAAAGUAGCCGCUCUAUCCCAGAGCUAUGACCUUCCUCUCUUAUAAUGUUUAAUGAAAGAUGAAUCUGGAUCCCAGGUACCUUCCCUGCAAGUUUAUUCCAAGGAAGCAUUUCUGCUGAAUGUUGCAGAGGUAGCUGCACCACAAGAUGAAGGCGCUGUGACCUUCAAACGAGUCGCCAGUCUUUGA